AUAUGAGAAAUCGUGUAGAUGAGUAGAUUAGUUAUCCAAAUCCAAAAUAACUGGGAACAUGCAUGCUAAUAUGCUAUCGAUUUCAAAUUGAUACAUUGACUUGUUGGCUUUGGUCAAAGUUAGACGAAAGAAAGAACAAUCUUACUUUCUCUCUCUUUCCCGAUAUACAUAUAUAGAAGAAAGAACACAACACGUAUAACUCAAUCUUCUUCUUCAUUCACCCUUUCUUUCUUUCAUCCCAAAACUCGCUGCUUCUGCAUGUUCCAAGGUUCAAGAUUUGUGUAGCUCCGAGCCUCUGAUUCCCAGAAAGUCCAGCAAUAGUAUUAAGCAGCUAAAAGAAGAAGUAGAUCAGCACAAGAAAAACAAAAGGAAAAUGGGUUUCUUGGAACUAUUGGAGGUGGCGUCUAUGCCAGUUAUUCAAGUACUACUUAUUAGUGCACUGGGAGCUAUCAUGGCAACUGGGUAUUUUGAUAAUCUUCUUUCAGCAGACACUCGGAAAGCCUUGAACAGGAUUGUUUUCCUCGUAUUCACUCCUUCACUUGUAUUUUCCAGUUUUGCCAAAAGUGUUUCACUUGAAGAUAUGAUAUCAUGGUGGUUUAUGCCCGUUAAUGUUGGACUUACCUUCUUAAUUGGAGGGAUUAUAGGAUGGUUACUUGUAAAAUUACUGAAGCCUAAUUUGAAAGUGGAAGGCCUUAUUAUUGCUUCAUGUUCAUCAGGAAAUUUGGGUAACCUUCCUAUUGUAAUCAUCCCUGCUAUCUGUGAUGAGAAAGGAGGCCCAUUUGGUGCACGUGAUGUUUGUCGCAACAAUGCACUCUCUUAUGCAUCUUUCUCUAUGGCGCUUGGUGGCAUCUUCAUCUGGACCUACACUUACCAGACUGUAAGAAGCAGAUCUAUGAAAUUUAAGGCUCUUGAGGCUGCUGAGAUCGUAAAGAUUCCCAACAAAGAUUUUGAUACCAAUGCAGAAACUCACCUUCUCAGGGAUAAAGACACAAUGAUAGAAGUGCCACCAUCGACUUAUUUUGGAGACAACGAAAACCAAAUUAUUGAUCAAGAUGAGUCCAAUGAAUCGAAGAAUGGGGUAGAAUCGUUUUGGUAUAGAAUGGUAGAAGUUCUGAGCCAUUUUCUGGCAGAACUAUUGUCACCACCCGCAGUUGCAACAUUUUUUGGUUUCCUCUUUGGCGCGGUUGCAUGGCUAAGGAACCUAAUAGUUGGAGACAAUGCUCCAUUUCAUGUCAUCCAAGACACUCUUCAACUACUUGGGAAUGGGACAAUUCCUUGCAUCACCCUUUUGCUUGGUGGUAACCUAACUCAAGGAUUGAAAACAUCAAAUGUCAAACCAUUGACCCUCAUCAGCAUAAUCAUAGCUCGACUUUUCUUACUACCAGUUAUUGGAUUGUUUAUUGUCAAAGCAGCAGCAAAUUUCGGUUUACUCCCUAUUGAUCCUUUGUUUCAAUACGUGCUAGUGAUGCAAUAUGCCAUGCCACCAGCAAUGAACAUUAGUACCAUGGCUCAGUUGUUUGAUGUAGGAAAUGAAGAGUGUUCAGUUAUACUCUUGUGGACAUACAGUGCUGCAGCCAUAGCACUCACUGCAUGGUCAACAUUCCUCUUGUGGGUAUUAUCUUAAGGUGUCUUCAGUUGCUGACUAGUAAAGAAGAAUGGUAUAUAUGAAUUUUGUCAAUGCUUGCUCUCAUAUCAACCUUUGCCAGACAACAAAGAAGUUAGGAAAAUCACAUGAUUGGCCAUCAUGUCCAAGACACUGCCAUUAGUACCUAUAUACGUAUAUUUUCAUUCAUCUUAUUCUUACCCUUCUACAGGGACAAAUCAUAUUAGGUGAUGAAAAAAAGUUGUUGAUUUUUAUGUAGUUCUUCAUUGAAAAAGAAGAAGAAGUCCACAUAUCACUAUUUUUCCAUUUGGAUUCUUUGUAUUUUAUUUAUUUUUAGUUCAUUGUCCCAAUUUUUUU